UUCCCGGCGGCAGUCCGCGGACACCAGCGUGAGCAGCAACACCGCAUUCCACGAGCUGGUCAGCUCCCACGGCUGGUUCGAAUGGAGGGACACGCGGGAGACUACGUGUUUGCGUGGGCUCUGCUCCUCUCCCUGGUCACACAGGUUGACAGCCAGCUCUGCACAGGCCAGUGUAACUGCCCUGGCCUGGUGCCCCUUUGCCCCGAGGGGGUGCCCCUCGUCAUGGACGGGUGCCAGUGCUGCCAGAUGUGUGCCAGGCAGAAGGGUGAAGCGUGCGAUGACAAAUCCAUUUGUGACAUUCAGCGAGGUCUGCAGUGUGACUACAGUGCAAGCUAUCCGGGAGGCCCAGGAGAGUGUGUCAGUCAGGACGAGCUAGGCUGCGAGCUCAACGGCGUGACGUAUCGAGAGGGCCAGAAGUUCCAGCUCUCCUGCUCAGGGAUGUGCACGUGCUCGGGAGGGGGCGUGGCCUGCGUGUCCCUCUGUCCUCCCGUCGGCCGACUGCCCAGCCCCGAAUGCCCACAUCCCCGGGAAGUCCAGCGGCCUGGACAGUGCUGCAAGGAGUGGGUGUGCGAGGACCUGGAUAACACCGUCCACAGGGACGCUCUGACAGCCCACAGUCCCCACAGGCUUUGGCCGCGUGUCUCAGGUCCGAACCAGAACCGGAACCAGAAUCAGAUCCCGAACCAGAACCAGAACCAGAACCAGAACCAGAACCAGAACCAGAUCCAGAUCCCUGCCUCACACUGCAUAGUGCAGAGCACGGAGUGGAGCGCCUGCUCCCGCACGUGUGGUCCCGGGGUCUCCGUCCGCAUCUCCAACCAGAACCGAGUCUGCCGUAUGGAGAGACAGCUGCGGUUCUGCCAGGUCCGGCCCUGCUGGAGCGCCCUGCCAAGGCCCCGCGUGGGCGGGGGGCGGUGUAGAGCCAGUUACCAGCUGGCGCUGCCGGAGCGACUGGAGCACGGGGGGUGUCACAGCGCGCAGGCCUACAGGCCCAGGUACUGCGGCCUGUGCGCCGACGGCCGCUGCUGCACCCCCUACCGCACCCGCACCGUCCCGGUGGCCUUCGCCUGCCCCGCCGGGGGCGGGAGGGGGCGCUACCGCGUCUACCCCGUCAUGGUGAUCGACUCCUGCGUCUGUCACUACAACUGCCCCCGCCCCUACGCGGCCACGUCCGGGGGAACGGCGCUCCGGACCUAGAGCGCCCUCACAUGAAAUGGUGGCAGUGUCUGUGACUUAAUUACGGGCCUGGAUUCAGAAGGGCUCCUCCUGCUGUACCGGAUGACUGGAGAAAAAACCCACCUGUGCCUUUUCUCACAAAACAUAGAACAGCUCUUUCACCACCCCUUGACCCCUUGACCCCUUGACCCCUUGACCCAAUGACCUCUUGACCUUGCACACAGGGAAUAGGGCAUGGUCGCAUUCUUAACUUCCCUGUCAAAUAAUAGGUAGCUUACAGUUUUUUAUCUGCUCAGAUAUUAAAGAAUUUAUAUUUUUCAUAACUUUGAACAAGAAGUACCUUUAAUUUCUUUAAGGUAUUUGGCUUCUAGAGAAAGGCUGAAGACUUCAAUUCAGAGAUAUAUACCAACUCUUCAGUUACUUAAGAUGGCUUUACAUGUAAAUAAAAGGAACUGUAUAUAUCUAUACCAUUUGUUACAUUUUUUAAAAAGACAACUGCUUCAGAGAUUGCACUCACGUUUAAUGUAAAUAUUGCUAUUACUGAUUUUGUUCAUGCUUAUAAUCAUCUUGUAAUUUUGAAAUGACUAUUUUUGUAAUUGUAAUUACAAAAACGUGUAACUUGGAAGUGUAAUUUUUGUAAUUUGGAAGUGUAAUUUUAAGCUUUCGUAGAUGACUAUUGAAUUUCUAUAAGUAGCUCAAGGCGUAUGUGUCUACUGUCACUGUAACAGUGGUACUGUAGUAUUUUUUCAUUGUGUUCUGUCUGCCUACCAUGUACUGUGUAUUUGUUCAUCGCAACAUACAUUCACCUGUCCAAAUUGCAUAUGCAUUAAAUCAUUGUGUAUGUCUAA